AGCGAACGUAGUUGGUGUGACACAGCUGAACCUACUUAUCGUCGGAACGCUAAUUGUAAACGCCGACUUCUUUUAUCGUGCUCAUUUCUUGUUCUGAUAAGAUUAGAGCAGUCAUAUGCUCACAUCUCGCAAGCGUUCAAGUGCACUAAAUAUUCAUACCGAAAUAAAAAAGUGAUAGUGAAAUGCAUAGAUUUAUUACUUGAACUAAAUAUAUCGUGAAAUGUAGUGUAUAAGUUGUGUAUAGUGGCCGUCGUGAUAAUUAACCUAAAAAUAUGUUUGAUCCACGUACGUUCGAAGUUAUGCAUAGCGCUAGGCCUAGUGAAGAAGAUAGGCCUCGCAGAAACAGAUCAUCAUCUUGGACCGCACGACGUAUCCUCAACGGCUUUUCAAGAUCAGAGCCCAGAUACUCGUUGCAAUAUCAGACUGAUGAAAACAGCUACCUACUUCGUUUGAGGAUAAUAGGGGCUUACUCAUUGGCGAAAAAGGAUAUAUUUGGUGCUAGCGAUCCCUAUGUCCGAGUGGAGCUUCAAAAGGUCGACGGUGACGUCACGAUCGAAACUUUCCUCACUAAAACCAAGAAAAAGACAUUGAAUCCAGUAUGGAAUCAGGAGUUUGUAUUCAGGGUCCGCCCUCAAGAGCACAAACUGCUCAUCCAAGUUUUUGACGAGAACCGCCUCACCCGGGACGAUUUCCUCGGCAUGGUGGAGGUGCCAUUAUCCAGUGUUCCUUCGGAGACUGCGGCUAACACUCGCCCCAACGUCAUUAAGUACUCGUUGCGCCCGCGCAGGUCUGUCGCCCGUUCCCGAGUACGUGGGUACAUAGAAGUGUACCACGCGCUAGUGGGAAGAGUGGGAGAGCCCGGUACUGAAGAACCGGCGCCUCACGAAGACUGGGAGAUUGUGGAACCUACGACGCAGACCGGCACUGUACAACCUACUAUCGGCGGUGAUCCUUUACCGCCGGGCUGGGAGGAGCGCCAGGACGCCAACGGCCGCACCUACUACGUCAACCACAUCGAGCGAUCCACGCAGUGGGAGCGGCCGAACUUUACACGUAACAUGAGUACCGAGUCGCAGGCGGAGCGUAUGGAGACGGCUGCCACGGAGUUCAUGCGCCGGUUCCACAUCUCCGCCGACGACGAGCACUCCUCCAGCCCGUCGGCUUCACACAGACAGGAGGAUGUAAGCCAUAGAAGCGGCGAGAGUAACUCCACAGAGCCAACGCCGUAUUCCACACCGAUACGCUCCCCGGAACACGGUUCUAGAACCGAAGUGGUGGGACCGACAACUAGUUUAAGUGAAAACGACUGUGAUAAUAAUUUAAGAGGUAGCGAAACUGCAGAAGAAGACGACGUCGUGUGCGCGAACGAGAUAGCGAUAGCGCGACCGACAGAAGUCCAAACGGACGAUGUUGCUCAAGACAGCUGUGAUAAUCGAGCGGGUACUAGUCAAACUGGCGACGAAGAACGAACGCUUAAUGAUAUCGAAGAGACCAACGGGAGAACUGAAUUAGAGGAAACAUCCAACUCUGACGUUGUAGGCGAAGUUGUAGAAAACCCUAAGAGCGACGAAGUAGUCGAUGCUAUCAAUAGGGCAGUGACCGAUAACGUCGCAGUCGAAGACAGCAAUGAAAACGAUCCUCAAACAAACGAAACAGUCCCACAGACCAAUGGAGACGAACUGACUGAUGAUAGUCGAACAACAGCCAACGUAACAGAAGUCAGUGACGAACGGACGGAAAUCGAAACGGAAACUCGUGAAAAUGCUAACAAUGAUGAUGUUAGUGCAGAAGCGACGGACGUGGACCUAGUAGAGAUACAGAUAUCUGGAGAGGAAGCCGCGGCAGUGGAUUCUGAGGAAUCGUUGACAUUCGACGAGAACCAUUUCAGUACGCCGUCGGGUGGCAGCCGGGCUGCGACGCCGCGCCGUUCCCGUCGAGCCACCGCUGCUUCCGUGGACGACAGUGAGGACGAAACUGACGGGUCGACCGAGAGCACACGAAGCAGCAGUGCAAGUAGCACGCAGAGCCAAAACCUGCCCAACAGUGAUGGUUUACCGCCCGGCUGGACGAUGCAGAAAGCGCCUAACGGCAGAAUAUUCUUCAUCGAUCACAAUCAGAAGACGACGACUUGGAUAGACCCCAGAACAGGUUGCGCGUCUAGUUUGCCGACGGCGGCGAUGACAGCGGGUGCGGAAGCGGACGAAUUGGGACCCCUGCCUGAAGGGUGGGAGGAGCGCGUGCAUACAGACGGACGGAUAUUCUUCAUUGAUCAUAACACGCGUACGACUCAAUGGGAGGAUCCGCGUUUAUCCAACCCGCAGAUCGCCGGCCCCGCGGUCCCGUACUCUAGAGACUACAAGCGUAAAUACGAGUAUCUCAAGAGCCAACUGCGCAAACCUAGUAACGUGCCCAACAAGUUUGAGAUCAAAGUGCGGCGGAACUCAAUAUUGGAAGACUCGUACCGCAUCAUCAGCUCGGUGGUGCGGCUCGAUUUACUUAAGACCAAGCUGUGGGUGGAGUUUGAGUCGGAAGUGGGUCUGGACUACGGUGGGCUAGCUCGCGAGUGGUUCUUCCUUUUAUCCAAGGAAAUGUUCAACCCCUACUACGGCCUGUUCGAGUAUUCCGCUAUGGAUAAUUACACUCUUCAGAUCAACCCUAACAGUGGUGUCUGUAAUGAGGAACAUCUCAACUAUUUCAAGUUUAUCGGCCGCGUCGCCGGCAUGGCUGUGUACCAUGGGAAGCUGCUAGAUGCAUUUUUCAUCCGUCCAUUUUACAAGAUGAUGCUCGGCAAGCAGAUAGAGUUAUUAGACAUGGAGUCAGUGGAUCUGGAAUAUUAUAAUUCGCUCAUGUGGAUUAAGGAAAAUGACCCUUCCGAGUUGGACUUAACGUUCUCCGUGGAUGAGGAGCAGUUCGGCAAGACCAUCCAGCACGACCUGAAGCCGGGCGGCGCCAACAUAUCCGUGGAUAAUGAGAACAAGGACGAAUAUAUCAAAUUGGUGAUAGAAUGGCGAUUCGUGAGCAGAGUCCGCGAGCAAAUGCUAGCAUUCCUCGAAGGUUUAGGGGGACUGGUUCCCCUCCCCUUACUGAAGAUAUUUGACGAGCAUGAGCUGGAACUACUGCUUUGCGGCAUACAGAAUAUAGACGUACGGGACUGGCGAGCACAUACACUGUAUAAAGGGGACUAUCACGCCAAUCAUCUCGUCGUGCAAUGGUUCUGGAGGGUGGUGCUUUCCUUCUCCAACGAGAUGCGGUCCCGCUUACUUCAGUUCGUGACUGGCACCUCCAGGGUUCCGAUGAACGGGUUCAAAGAACUCUAUGGUUCUAAUGGACCGCAACUCUUCACCAUAGAGAAGUGGGGAGCGCCUGAUAAUUACCCUAGAGCACAUACAUGCUUCAACCGCAUCGAUCUCCCACCAUACGAGAGCUAUCAACAGCUACGCGAGAAACUAAUUAAAGCUAUUGAAGGAUCGCAAGGUUUCGCUGGCGUCGACUGAAGGAAGCAUGCAAUAAACCACUUUAUAUUCUACGCUAAAAGCAACAUAUUCGCGCGACAACGCUUUGUAAGGAAACGACAACCCUAACUUCGCGAUGUAAGGUACAAUAUUGCUAUUAAUUCUAAAGUUUAUAUGUUAUUUCAAAGGUUUGAUAGUUAAAAAGGUUAUGAAUUAAUAGACUCUGUGCCUUUAAGAUAGGUCUCAUUUGCUUUGUGACGUAUAGACGCUGGAUUUCGAUAUCCACACAAUAUCUCUGAUCACUUAAUUUAUAAAAAAUAAUCUUACACCUUGUUCUAUUUUAAAUUCUAAUGAGAUCGCAUCAAAGUAUACUUUCUUUUUGAAGAUGAAGUUGAAGAGGUUGAAAGUUUUGUUAAAUUGUAUUGAAACGUAUAAAAUGAAGAUUAUAUUCUAAAAUGAUGGAUAUUCGUAUCCUUGUAUUGCUAUGCAAUGGUAAUUGGUAAGACUUUGCUAAGUGACUGCCUAUUACGAUGUUAUAAGGCAAUAAUUAUAUUGAAAUAUAUUGUUGUUUAAGUCUUUGCUGAUGGCAUGAAAUGAAUUCGUAUUAUGAAUAGUUGUACAUCUCCCUUGCUCUAAACGGAAACUAAGAAGACGGUGAUUUUAAAAUCGAUGAAAUGUUUAGAUGGACUGAAGUAGUUGGUUUAAUUUGAAUGUGAGCUACCACUUUACGUAAAUAAAAAAUAGGGGCAGGAAAUGUUGGUCGAUAAAGUUGACGUUGACUACAAAUCUCAACCUUAAGUUUAAACAAUCAAGAAUCAUUUCUAUACAUAUAGACCGGUAAGUUGCUGUGUUCAUUAUAAUACUGUUAUCAUUCAAAGGAGGUGUGAACUAUGCUUUACGAUUUAAAACAGGAUAAUUCUAAAAUGAGCCUUAAGUAGAUUUCCGUGUAGAGUAUCAAAGAUUAGUUCAAUAUUUCGGAUGUCUUCUAUUUUCUUCCACGAUAUAUUAGUAUGGAUAUAACCACAACAAAUGUCUGAAGUUACAAUUUUUCAUAAUCAAAAUGAUUUCUGAGAGUGUAUUCGCUUGUUGUAUUAAUCUAUUUAGUUAGGAAAAUAACGAUAAUCGUAAAGUACAAAAGAUCUGGCAGAGUAGUUUAUAAAAAAUUGUGCCACUUUGACUCCUAGUAGUGUCUGACUUAAAAGCAACUUUCAAUUGAUUUAGUCGCUAUUUGUGUAAUAAAUUUAUAUAGAGAAGACA